AUGGCAGACUCAUCCAACUCGAAUUCCAACCUCAUCGGCAGCGAGUUAUCGAACCUAUACGAGUUUAUCGACAAGGACAAUGUACAUGGCCUGAACCUUGCUGUACCUGAGGACGCGAGAGAGAUAGUCAAGGUCACUCAUGCUGAAAUAAGCGUUGCGAUGUCUGAAAUCCAAUGCAGCCAUGGGAUCAACGCGAAAGCACAGAUAAAUUUGCUGAAUCAGGAGUCGAUGACCAGCUUAUAUUGCACAUUCCGUUCACCCAACACGUUCGUUCGAUUGAAAUCUAUACUACUGAAACUCGGUCGUGGAGAGGUUACGCCACGUCAGCUCAGGAUUUAUGCCAACCACCCAACAAUCGUCGACUUCGCCGAUGCUGAAAACACAACACCACAUCUCAACGUCAGCCUCCUAGAGGGCGAAACUGGUGUGGUUGAAUAUCCCUUCCGCGUGGCCGCCUUCGCCAGUGUGACUUCUCUGUCGCUCUUUUUCAGUGAUUCCGUUGGUGGCGAUGUUUCGCGAAUAUAUUAUCUUGGAUUCAAGGGCGAAUCGAAAUCGACACAUCGCGAAGGCACCUCCAAAUUGGAGAUACCUGCAGCCAAUGCAGCAGACGCGUCGUUAGUUGACAGAGUUGCCGAGAAGACAGCAGGCAGCCAGACUACUGCUCGAUAG